AAAAAAAUGAAGUUUUUCUUCAACUUUGUGAUAUUGUUGACUCUCUAUGUCCAGGUAAAAAGUGCAGAUAAUAUCAUAAUCAAUGAAUUGGACAUUGAUAAUGGAUGGAUUGAAUUGAAAAACCUAGACCCCAUAAACCCAUAUGAUUUUUCUGUUAAUGAAAUUCAUUUAAGAUCCUUUUUCGGUCCACAAAAUUCAGAUAUAGAAUCUUAUGUUCGACUACCUGGUGUUAUUGCUCCAAAUGGUUACAUCGUAUAUCAUUUCAAUACUAAUGAACGUCGAAAAAAAAGAAGUGCUGGUGGCAAUAUUAACUUUUCACUCGAAACUACUGGCAGCAGAUAUGUAAUGCUUUACAAAGACUACUAUGGUACAUUUAUUGAUGGUCUAGUAUUUAAAGUUACAGCUAGUGCAAAUGAAGAAUAUUUUUCACCUUUGGCAAAUGAAUGGGAUAACAAAUAUUUAAUGUAUGAAAGUGGUAAGAUUUUUGCAAGAAAUGGAGAAACUAAAAAUAGUCCAUCAGACUGGAAACUGGUAACAGUGGGAACACCUGAUGCUGAAAAUGGUGUAAGUGGUGAUCCGCAUUUUGUUCAAACUGUCUUUGAUGCCCACACCAACAAACCCCUCAAAAUAUGCUAUGAUGUCACUGGUGAAUCUGGAAAUGAAAUUUACAUUUUAGAAGAUAAAUUUACAGAUACAAAAGUAACUGGUGUUUUAUUGAAUGAUUAUUACAUGCAUUCAAUUAAAAUUUAUCAAGGACAUGGAUUAUACACUGUUAAUACCAAUGACAUAGAGUUGGAAAAUCAUAAUAAAAUGUCAUGGCAAAAUAUGUUUCAUUACAAAAAUGGCAAUAACUUGCUGGAAAUGUUUAUAAGAAAUGAAAAUAUUUUCAUAAUGAUAAAAAAUGAUAGAUUCAAUAAGCUUAGUAUGAUGAUUAAGAAAUAUAGUAAUCCUUUAGUGGGUAAAUAUUUGGAUGUUACCUUUGGUAAUUUGUUACCAACACGUGACAGAUUUAGUGGUUUAAUUGGACAUGUUGGAAAACAAUCAAUUGUCAUUCUUGAUUCAAUUCAAGAUAAUCAAUUUGCUAUGCUUAAAAUUAAUAAUGAAACAAAUUUUGUUGAAUUACAAAAGAGAAACAAUGUUGAAUGUUGGCUAAUCAAUUUUAAAAGUUUAAUCAUUCCAAAACAACCAAAACAUUUCAUACUCAAUUAAUUCUUUAAUAAUUACAAUAAAACAGUUAAAAAGGAAAG